UAACUGACGCAUAUUUGACUUCUAAAUAUGUUCUUGAUGUAAUUCAAAGUUGAAAAAAUACUUUCAACACUUGCCGUACAACCAUAAAAUCAAUACAAAUUAAGGGUAGCUUGUAAUUAGAUUAAUUGUUAGGUUUUGAAAAUAAUUAAAGAUAGAGAAUAGGGUUUUGCUAUUACACGGUCUUUAGAAUAGAACAACCCAAAAGUUGUAGCCUAAUAGAAAUUAUAUUUAUUAGUAAUUGUAGUGUCCCGGGUUUGAAUUACCCAAGUUACCACUUAUAUUCCCAUACGCAAACUACAAACGAGAGUAAGAUAAUCGUUCUUCCAAAUUUCAGGGUGUCCCGAACUAUUAAUUACAUUUUUUUGUCUAUACGUAAAUUAACAUCGGGGUUGAAUAAUCAACCCCGAGGUUAUACUUUCUUGUUUUCUUUCAGUAAUAAAGUUCAUCAUUAAUAAAAAAAGCCAUCGGGGUUGAAUAAUCAAUCUUCCAAAAUUUAGGGGUGUCCCCCUAGGUCCGCCCCUGCACAUGUUGAUAUAUAAGCCACAACUUGAUUUCGAACCUAAUGGUCAUCUUGAAAAAUAUUUUUAUUGUUAGUAAACGGUAUAUAAUCCACAAUUAUACAUCUUCCAACAACUCGAGUUAUUGGAAUCAACUGGUUCUUGACAUAAUAUCAGAGCCUUCUGUGACCGUGAGGUCUUCUGUUCGAUUCCACCCUAUAUGCAUGUGUCAAAUUUACAAAAUCAACUUCAGCUCUUCUCCAACACACAAAAGAAAGAAAAAUAAAAAACAGAAGGAGAACCCACAUUGCACAUGCAAUCCCACCCCAGGCUCCCACACCUCUUGUUUUUAUCGUUGCUUUCAUUGUCCGUUCUAAAAGAGACCAUCCCCUCCGUCGAUUAAUCAUUGCCCGUACUCGGCCAAAAAACAUGCAAAACCAAACCAGAUGUUCUUCAUCUGGACCCGCUCUCUACUCUCAGUGGAAGCCAACUCCACCAAUAUUCCCUCCAACCCCUGCCUGCCACGUAAGCAACCCCAUCCUUUUCCUUAUUUUUUUCCCGCUUUCUUUUUGGUCUAGUGCACUGUUCGUCGCUGCGUUUAGGGUCCCCUGCUUCUCUGGAUUGAAUUUAAAUCCGUUGAAUCGAAUCCUGAAUCCCAAAUGAGGAAAAAGGAAGGAAAGAAAAAACAGAGUGGAAUGAAUAUGAUGUUUGGGGGUUGUUGGUUUUGUCCAGCAGAGUCAACCUCCCAUGUUCAUGGCGUUUGCAUUCCGUUCUUUCUUUCUUUGAUUUCUCCCCCUUUUUGGGAUACCAAAUUCGUAAUUCGUCACAACUCAUCCAAGUGUCCUCUAACUAUAUAUUUGGUACAUUUAGUUUAAUGAAUUCCUCGAUAAAUCAAAAUACAAAAUUGUAGUAUCGUAACCACAAUAUAACCAUCAAUCUCGUAUUUUCGAUUUGACUUUAUAUAAAAUUUGAUUUGGACCGUGCUGGAUCAUGUCGCCCUUAAUAGCACGUGAUUUGAGUGGAUACCAGUAAGUAAACUACCUUUGCCCCUAGUUACGCCAAUUGCACUGUACAAAGUUCCUAUGAUCUUAUACUUUGUAGUUAGCAUCGUUAAACAACCUUGUAUCAAGACAUUGAUGCCAUGCCAACUCACUGUAGCUGGCCUUUAGUCAUUGUUGUGGAUGAAUUUGGCAUAUAAACCUAACCUGUAUGCAUAACUGCAGGCAACAUAAAGGACUCAUGGUGGGCCGGCUUCCAUUCAAUCCCCCCUUCUGUAUGUUCGUAUAUAUAAAUAGUUUCACAAAAUAUAGUGGAUCCCACGAAAAUUAAUUACUUCCUCCCGUUUGUUUGGCAAUUUAGCUUAGACUACUGGUAAGAUUAUUAGAGGAUCGGUUUUGUUGUGAAUAUUGACCUCCAGUGACUAGUGGUUUAAGUGAACUUUCUACUAAUUGAGCUUUAAUGGCGAAUGCUGUUCUGGGAUUCAUUUCUCUCUUUUUUGACUUCUAUCUAGGACUGAUUUCUCCACUACCGGAUUCGGGUAAGGAAAACUAAUGCAGAUUGUCAGAUUUGUGGUGAAAACUUAAGGCUACAAUCGCUUCUUGAGACCCUGUCGACAUGGUUCUGCAUUAUUGUUAAAAGGAUUUCACAUCCUCCUUUUCUUAACUGCCGAUAUUCAUCCAUAAUGUACGUCACCAAAAAGGUUUACACUUUACAGGUAGGAAAGAGAGAAAAGGGGCGCUCCUCCUACUCCAAACAAGAGAAUGAUUAAAAUCGUGUGUAAGCUUCUGACUCCAAUGUGUGCUUUUUACAAGUGCCUAGCUAGGGUUGAGAGCUUGCACAAAUGAUAGCUCCAUCCUUUUGUAGUUUUGUACGUUGUGCAACAAUUUGGUGGUCUAUAGGAUCACUUCCCAUCGAAUUCGAUUAUGAAUCGACAGGCUACUCAUUAUUUAGCAAGUCGGGUCAAAGAGAUUAAUCUAGCAAUAAUACCAUGAUGAGAGCAUCAACAACACUAGACCAACAUAAUUUAACCAAAACCAGUUACGAGUAAGUCCAUGAAUUUAAUUAGAAAAGAGUAUCGGUCUAUCAAAACCAGAACUAUGGGGUCGUUUGAAUGAGGAAUUGUAAUGGAUCAAUUUGACACAAUUGUCUCGUUUUGAGACAAUUAUACCAAAUUGCCUCGUUUGCCAGCAAAAUUUUUGGAUGAAUCAACCUGUUUGAGGUAUUUUGAAUUGCUUCGUUUUGAGUCAAUUUCAAUUACCUGAGGUGGGGGCAGGUAAUUCGAAUUAACUCGUUUUAAUUGCCUCGUUUAUAAAACGAGACAAUUGAUCAAAUUGACGCAUUUCUAGAUUGAUCCAUCCAAACGACCCCCAAAUUAAAUUUUGACAUAAACGAAUCAAAUUGGUCUGGUGUGAAUCGGCUCGUUGCCCACCCUAUAUCCAACUAUCCGAGUAAUUCUACAACGAAUUGAUGGCUCGAGUGGGGUUGACCACUCAAUGGCUCGCAAAAAAAGGAACCAGGGCUCGCACCACUGAGCCACUUCGCCUACCAAAAGACGAAAACACCAUGGCACUAAACAAGAUUGCAGGAAAUGACGCGUGCUCCCUUUAUAACCCGUCUCCCCCACUCUCUCUCUCUCCACCUCCCUUCCUCUCCCACUCACCUCCCUUUUACCAACUUCGUCCCGUUCUCUCUCUCUGAACACCAACAUUCCAUAGCUCUUAAGCUCUCUCCUCUCAUCGUUCGUCCGUAAACGAACCAACAAUUCCACAUCGCAAAGGUAAUAUUCUCUCAUCUCUCUCUUCUACCGCUUUAUCCCUGAAUCGCUAGCAUCUUUGAAUCCUGUUUCCCCCUCUUUGAUCACUCUGUUUCGAUGCCGAGAGAAUUUUGUUUUCCCCUUUUUUCCCCUUUUUUCCUUUCCUGUCUCUCCUCUGAAUCUGAACUGAGAACUCCUGCGUCGUAUCUGAAUCUCUCCUUUUGGUGUUUGUUGUGUUGGAUUCAAUCAGCCGUACGAAGCAAGAAUCGGAAGGGAAAUAGUAGGAAUCCGAGGGAGCCGGCGAUCGAAUUUCUGAUUUGAAAUAAUUCUUUGUCGAGGCGAUGGCGUCAACGAUUAUCUCGUCGAGUCCAGUAACGAACUCGGAUCGGUCCAAGAGGAGAAAGAAGAAGAAAGCUGCUGCGGCGCAGCAAUCCAAACGGGCGGAAGGUUCUUCAAGCCACGCCAGAUGGAGAACCGAGUCUCAGCAACAAAUCUACUCUUCCAAGCUAAUCCAGGCCUUGAGCCAGGUCCAGCUCAAUCCGUCCUCGCCUUCGGCUCCGCGCCGCGGCCGAGCCGUCCGCGAAGCCGCCGACCGGGCUCUUGCGGUGUCCGCCAGGGGGAGGUCGAGGUGGAGCCGAGCCAUCUUGACCAGCCGGAUCAAGCUCAAGUUCCGCAAGCAACAGAGGAGGCAUCAGAUUAAGCAGCAACAGAGAAUCGUCUCCGCCGACGGCGGAAUCAGCCGCGCGAGGAAGCCGAGAGUGAGCGUGCUGAGGUUGAGAGGUAAGAGCCUGCCUGCGGUUCAGAGGAAAGUCCGGCUCCUCGGCCGGCUGAUUCCCGGCUGCCAGAAGGAACCGCUGCCGGUGAUUCUUGAGGAAGCUACCGAUUAUAUUGCUGCCUUGGAGAUGCAGGUUCGAGCCAUGACUGCCCUUGCCGAGCUCUUGUCCGGCUCCAACCAAGCCGCCGGCAGCUCCAGCUGAUCUCUCUCCCUCUCGCUCUCUCUGUAUGCCCAAAAAAUGUCAAAAAUCUCUUUUCUUAAUCUCUUCAUUAAAAUUCCCCCAAUAUUAUCUCCUCAAUCAUCAACAUCAUCCUGUUACAUACGCCUUGCCGUUUUCUUUUUUUAACUUUCACCUCUUCUGUCGUCUUAGAACAACAACUUUGACAUGUUACAAUUUCCUGACACACUUAACAGGAGCAGUAAAAAUGUUACUGGAGCAUCAUUCCCACUUUACUCCAGUGAUCUUUUUUUACUGUCCCUUUGUGGAGUUUCUUGAUUUUUUUGGGGGGACAAGCUAGCUGAUGGAAGUGGACUCUUGUUUGUAUAGUGUGAAUUGUUGUUGUGUAUAGGAAAAUUUCUUGAACAUAUUUGGUUUUUGUAAUGCGAUUCUGUGUGUGUAAUACUGUUUGUUAGUUUGUUUUCAUUUUCUCCCAACAACUCUUGUAGUAACUGAGAAAGUAGUUCGCCUCGUAAUUGGUUGUAUUUUUAUUAUUUCGUGGUAUCAUUUACGACGAGGGAUUAGUACUUGUUGUCGAUGGUGAAUACUUCCAUCAGAAUGACCUGCCUCAAAGUCCAAUAAUGCCUUGAGAAAGGGUACUACCACUCAAAACAACCCACCAAGUACUGCCCUAUCUAUCUGUCAAAACAGACCACAUGUUUGAACAGCAGAUAUUAGUAACACUGCUGCCCUCCAGGCUUCCACCGGCGACAAUUUAGGAGCCUUUCGCAUAAGGACAUGCCGCUCGGCUCUCCUCCUCAAUUGUUUGAACAGCAGAUAUUAUUCAUUUUGCCUUUUCGAGAGAAAUGAAGAAAUCUUUCACUUCUUUUCACAUGGUGUGCAUUCAAUUCUUGGCAUUAGCUUCCAAAAAAGAUACACAGCCUGAAAAACCACACAUGCACUCCCAUGUGCCUUAUAUUUAUGUUUUAUGCCACCUCAGAGAUCUUUCACGAGUAAACACAUUGCAUAGUGGAUAGUACUAUCACUGCAGAUCAAAUAGGAAAACAGGAAACAUAUAUGAAUGGUCAAUUACUGGGGAAGUGGUUACAGAAAUUUGGAUAACUAACGAAUUUGACAUUGAAGGUCCGAGUAGCUGUUAAACGUCGAUGUUUAGCGAAAUUUGUCAUCGGAAGCGGGAGGAACCAGCAAAGUUGAGUGUUUUUGACGAAUUUGAAAUUGAAGGUCGGAGUGGCCAACAAUAUCAUGGUUUGCUAUGUCUGUCUUUUAAAUAUGUGUUGAAAUUUUUUCAGAUAAGCAUGUAAGUGCAUGAUACUAGAAGAAAAGCUCAUUUAGACACGGCGAUUUUGGGUAAUGUUAUUUAUUCCUCCAGGGGCGGGGGCCUGGGGAAUGACAAGCUCACGAAAGAAUCUAUCACUCUUCGUCGCAUCGAAAGGAGGUAUGUCAAAAGGACCUAGGACGAUGAAGGAGAAGAAGGACUAGGAGCUAUCUUUAGUAGGGAGAUAGGAAAUUCGAGACUCCGCUCGCGAGUGCUCGAUUCGGUUUGAAGAUGGUAUGGAGUGAAGUAGAUCUACUAUGUCACUUGAUAGAGUGUAUUAUGAUCUUUUCUACCAUGUGCUAGUAAUUGAUUUAUCAGUGAUCCUAGAGUUGGGUGGCAAUCUAUGAAAUGAACUCAACCUUCUUCCUUCCUUCCUUUUUUUUUUACCACCUUUGGGUAAGGAAAGAAAAAGGCUGCUUUCUAGGCUUGAAUAGUGAACCACAGCAGAUGGGUAAUUGACCAUGCACAGCAUGUUCUGAGAGAGAGAGAUGAGUGAGCUGUGACUCUGUAUCUUUGAUUUGAGGGACUGUUUGGUUGGAGACUAGGUCAUGGUAGUUAGAAUUCUCUAAAUUGAUACAUGUAAUCAAUUUGUGUACUCUAAUUAGAUGUAUUAUUUCAAUGUAUGAACUUGAAAAAUACAUUGAUUGGAGGUUG